AUGUUUGAUGCUGAUCAGGCAAAGGACGAGGAAUUGAACCGUAUUCUGGGAGAGAAGCAGAAACUUAUUGCUGAGAUACUCCAGGUCCCCGAGGAGGAUUUUGAGAUAAUCUCUGAUAUUGCUGGUUCUGCUGAUCAUAAGAGAGAUGUACGUGAAGUACUACUCACGGCACUCGCGCAGGCACGCUCUCUUACUCAGGUCGUCAGCGCGUCCCUUAAGGUAACUGAACAGGAUCUAGUUGCCCGUUCCUCUCCAUCCCGUGAUACUCCACUACAUCCUGGAUACUCUGGUAAUCAACUGGUUCAGAUCACCACCACCAUGAACCAGAACCUCACCGAGCUCCUCACCCUCCUCCAGGAGAGGGAGCAGGAGCGAGAUCUUCUGAAGCGUGAGCUCUCCAGGUACCAGGAUCAGGUGAAGGGAUUCCUCCGUUCCGACAGUCUUCGAUCCUUUCCGUCUCCUGUUCCUCGAUCCCGUCCCGUCAGUUUUAUCUCGGUAGAAUCGGAUCCGAUGGAUCUUGAAUCGGAUCCAAGACCCCAGAGUUUCAACUCGGUUGAGUUGGAUACUCAGGACUGUCAAGGAACGGAGGAGGAGCUGAGCCAUGAAGACGAAUAUCAGAACGGAGAAGAUCCAUCCUCUCCUCUCCCAGACCAGGAUUCAGAUCUUACUCCGACGGAGGAACGAGUAUCUGAUAUAUCGGAGCCGGGACCAGGACAAAUCCAUAUUCAAGCUUAUGAAAGCAAACCCUGGAUUUUAAAUGAGGAUAAUGAGAAGUUAGCUAGACGACGGUGUAAUCAGGAACCGCCGAAACAAGAAAAUCCGAGACUUCGGCGUGAAAAGUCUUGUGACCUGCUGCGUGAACGGCGGGCGAAGUACUCAACGUUUGACCGGCGUAAGGAUGAAGGACAGUAGUAAGGAAUGGACUCCAGAUCAAGAGGAAACCUCUGCAUGAACCUUUAGGUUAUUAAAGAAUUGCCCUUUGAAUUUAAAGAAAUAGCAGAAAAUCCCCAGAGGUUCUCCAGCCUUUCCUUGCUGCUCCAGCCGAAUUUACGCUUGUUAUUAAACGGCGCUACGACAUUUGCUCUAUUUCCAUAUGCUGUAUGGCCAUUUGCUCUAUCACGUCAUUUGCUCUAAAUACCAUUUGCUCUAUAUGUCAUUUGCUCUAUGACUAAACACGUCGUAUGCUCUAUAGCCUAAAAAGACACCAUAAAAUGAACUGUAUAGGAACUCUUGCACUGUAUUUCCGUCGUCCAAAAGCAGUCUUCUUCGUAAGUAUUUUUUAUUUAAAAAGGAAGUUUGACACGAUAUACUACAUAAAGUGCGGUGGUUGAACUCUUAUAUAAUUAAUUAAAUGAAAUUAAGGCACAAAAGGGUCGUUCCACUUUGUAAAAAUCACAGAAUAGACUAUUUAGGAAUUACUGAACAUGACUUGACUUUAAAAAUCACAGUGGAAAAAACAUGGUUCGAAGAUUAGUUAACUGUUGAAUGAUGGAGUAUAUAUAAAACGCUGUUUUCACACAAAAACAUAAAGUUAUUUAUUUGCGGGAAUUUUUUUUAGAAAAUUCGCGAAUUCUAAAAUUUUGCAAUUUGAAUUCCCAAGGUGAUCAAUAUAAGAAGAAUGACUAACCUGCUGAAAACUAUGCUAAAAACAUCGAAUUUGUAACAGAAGAAAAAGUAAUAUAUUGUAAUAUAGACAGAGCAAAUGGACCAAGACAGUCAUUAAGAUUGUUCAUAGGGCAAAUGCUGUGUUUAGUCAUAGAUCAAAUGACGUAUAGAGCAGAUGACAUAUAGAUCAAACGUCGUGAUCUAUGAGCUAUAGAGAAAAUGGUUAAGAGAGCAAAUGUAACUAGAGCAAAUGACCAUAGAGCAAAUGUCGUAGCGCCUUAUUAAACUACGUAAACAUUAAUAAGGAACAGAGUUUCUGUUUACUUGUACAGUGUACACUUUGUACAGAUUGUGACAGUAUGCAAUACAUCGUACAUACCAUCUCUGCAAUAUGUACAUGUAGAGUACAUAUUCUUCUAGAACUGAACAGUACUGUACGCCAUCCUUAGAAAAAUAGUAGACACCAUAGUUUCAUCUUAGCGUACACCAUUUACCGGAACUGUACAUUGGUACAGUUCAGUCAUGUACUGUAGUGUACAACAUGCACAAGGUCUGUUAAGAAUUGUUCACUAUCUACCAAACCUGUAUAAGUGUUGUACACCAUCCAUUCUACCUGCAUAGUAGUGUACACCUUUACCAAAUCUAGAUAGUGAACAGUAGUGUUCAUCAUGAAUAUUGUAUACUGUACAGCAACUGUGUGGUUAACAAAAUGUUCCAGUCUAUAUUAUUAAGUGUACACAGUACUCAAAUAUUUUGCGGAUUUAUUUCCAUUUAAUUUAAUUUUCCUGCUGUGCCUUGAAAAUGCAACAAGUAUAUAUUAAACCAUUAACAAAUCUUUUGAAGAUUUGAACUAAAAUUUUAAGAAAAUGUUAUCCUGCUAACAUUAGUAGACAAAACCAGUGUUCGCAUAAUAUAUAUAAUAUUUAUGUAAAAAUCACAAUUGGAGUUAGACUACUAUGUUUUGUAUGUAUAGUAUAUAUUUUUUUUAUCCUGCAAUAUUGUUUUGUGUUAUUGUGUUAGACUAUUCGAACAAAAAUCAGUGUCAAAUGUAAAUUUUAAUUUGUAACUGUUUUGGCUUGAAAAUCACUUGAACAUAUAGUUGACAUCGAACAUGAACAAAACAAAAAAUAUCAAUUGGUGCUCCAUUUUUUUGCGUAUUUAGAAACAAUCAUGAGUUUGCGUGACAAAAAUACGAAUGUUCAUGAGUAAUCAUAUAAUAUAAGAUAUAAUUUUGCUUCCUUAUCAAACUUUGUUGUAAAAUUCACGGUCAAUUUAUUUAAAAUAUUCAAAAACAGAUAUUACUCAUGAAAAAAAUAAGUUUUUUUUUUGCAUGCUUGCCUGUCGAUAAAUGCAAAAAUAAUUCUCGUGAUUUAAGAGUCGUAUCCCAGUUUUAGCACAUGUACUUAUUUAAAGUCAAAUAUGUCCCAAUAUGCUAAGAUUUUGUUUAUCUCCCUCCUGGCUUCUCGACCUGAGAACCAGUUUACUGGGACAAAGUCUUUUGACUGAUAGAGGAGCUGGGACCUAGUCUUCUCUGUGAUUUGAUCGCCCCCGUGAAUUAUAUUCAAUGCUUAUGUACACAUUGCACAGUGAAUACAGUUCUGCAGAAACAUUAAGAUCUUGUCAAAUAUAUUUACAGAGUUACUUUUAAUAAAAUUUAAGCAAUGUGA